CAGAGGUAGAGAUGAUGGUAUGGCUGUCUAUUCGCAAUUAUAUAUAACUCCAUUGUAUAUUAAAAAGACAUCUCACUAUUGCUGCAAAGAACCACUGUGCAGGGGCUUUUGGUCCUCCCUAAAGGAGAGCAACAGUAUCUAGGAAAUUAAUUAUUCCCUCCAGGAUAAAUGCAAAACUGCAGAAACCAUUUGCUAAACAUGACCAGCUUUCUCAAGAAGGCAGAGUCCUUCCUCUGGCAUUCUUUAUUAGAGACCAUUUAUCAAUUUCUACCUAUUAUUACGGAUAAUUGAGGGAAACCUGCGACGAUGGCAAUUUAUUGGCAUUUUUCUUGGGCUCAGACGCAGCGUAUUUUGAAACUGGUAUCAAUAGUGGCCCUGCCUGCAAACUUCCUUGGUCAGAGGCGGUGGUGGUGAGCUGAAAGGUGGUGGGGCCUCGGCUACCCGGCUUUCUGCUCAUAAAUCAGCAUCGUAAAACAUCCUACAAGUGUUGUGAUGGCGCUGAAGGCAUUAAAAUGUGCUUGCAAGCCGAAUCUGUUGUAGUCAUUCUUGGUGGCAGAGGGGAGUGACAAGACGCUCCCACGUGGCGGGGUAGUAGCGCGGCAUAAUAAAGCGCGGUUUGCUCCAUGUGUGUCACAGAUUUCCCGGGGUUUCUCGAAGGCUUUUCCAAGUUACGCCUUAUCCUCUUUGCAGUCAUCCUGGCCCCAGCUGUGCAUCGGCCUUUGACUCCAUCUGUCCUUCCGCUGGGCACGAGUCUCUCGCCAAAAGAACACAAGUUUGGCUCCCCAAAGUGAUUACAACCCCCACCCUCUCUGUCAGCCUGAGCCCAGCGUCAGGCCGGCUGCUGAAGGGACCGUCUAGAGGUUGAGGGGGCAGGGCGUGCAGAGGCUGCGCCCCUCACCUCCCCGCACCCACCGUCCCUUUGCUCGGAAAGCCUGGCCGACGCCCCGUCCGCGCUACCCCCACCGCCGCACGGUCCAAAUCUCCGGGUCCCUUCCAGAACGGUUGCUCCCCUCUCUUCCGUUUCGGGCCCAGCCGCGAGCGCGCCCUGCAGCAGAGCGGAGACUCGCAGGUCGGAGGUGGCCCUCGUGGGCGCCGCGUCACACGGCGCGCGCGGGGGGGACGGAGGGAGCGGCGGGCCUGGGUGGGAGGCAAGCCGCGCGGCCGUCCGGGCGCGAGACGCGGCGGGGCGCGGCCGCCCCCCAGCAGCCGACUGCGACGCAGCCCGAGCCCCCGCUCGCUCCCUCCCUUCCCCCCCCGUGCGUUCGGGCCCGGAGCCCCUUUCCCGGCCUCCCCCGCCCUUACCCCCACCCGCUUCCCCCGCCCGACCCCCGUCCUCCGCCUGUGUGUGCGCGCUCUAAAUAAUUUCAUCCUUUUUGGCAAAAGAAAUAAUGCACCUGACUUUACCAGGGGGAAACAACCAGCCGAGCAGAACAAGAACAGAUGUAAAAGGAAUAAAAGGAGAGAGAAAAAGAGAUGAGACUCGUUUAAAGAAAUCCAGGGGCUGAAGAGGUGGCUGCCGCGGCCGAGGCAGCGGGAGCUUCCCUGGCGGCGCGAGCGGCGGGCCGCGGACGUUUCCAGCAGGCGCGGAUGUCCUCUCGGGAACUCCUGGGCCUGGCUCUGUUUGCCAAACAGUCUCUUCUUCUUUGGCUCACACACUGAAGAGGCUCCUGGAUAUUUCUGCCAUCCCGCCUCAAGCUGGCAGUUACCCGGGAGCCUUCCCAAGGAGCUGGCGGAGAAAUGAGUCCUUCUGGGCCGGAGACGGGCCAAGGGCGUCAGCAAGUGGGGGCGCGCGCCGGAAAGCGGCGAGGGUCAUCCCUCGGGCUGCUGGGCGGCGGCGGCGCUUCCGGGGCGCAGCGCUGCCUGCUCGGGCUCUACCUGCACGCGUGGCUGUGGGCGGCCUCGGGCUCAGCUGCCCAGGUGUUCAACCUCAGCCUUUCCGUGGACGAAGGGCUGCCUCCGGACACUCUGGUGGGCGACAUCCGCGCCGGGCUGCCGGCCGCACAGCAGCAGGAGGAGGGCGGCUUCUUUCUUUCCGAGGAUUCGGAUGACUCACCGCUGUUGGACGACUUCCACGUGCAUCCGGACACCGGCAUCAUCCGUACAGCGCGGCGCCUGGACCGCGAGCAGCGGGACCACUACAGCUUUGCGGCCGCCACGCUGCUGGGCGCAGUGGUUCAGGUGGAGAUCCGCGUCAACGAUGUGAAUGAUCACUCGCCCAGCUUUCCCUGCGAUUCCCUGCAACUUGAUGUCUCCGAACUCAGUCCUCCAGGUACCGCCUUCCGUCUGCCAGGUGCCCAGGACCCCGACGCCGGGCUGUUCAGCACACAGGGCUACACCCUCUUGCAACCUUCCGACCCUCCGCAGGACCCCGAAGGACCGUUCUUCCAGCUGCGCUACGGCACCCCAGGGUCACCAGCGUCGUCGCCGCCCUCCUUGACCCCGGAGCCCUUAGACCUGGUGCUGUUGCGGCGUUUGGACCGAGAAGCGGCGGCGGCACACGAGUUACUGAUCGAGGCGUGGGACGGCGGCCGCCCGCGGCGCACGGACCGCCUGCGUGUGGAGCUGCGCGUGCUGGAUGAGAACGACAACCCGCCGGUCUUCGAGCAGGGCGAGUACCGCGCCGCUGUGCGCGAGGACGUUCGGCCGGGAGCCGAGGUCUGUCGCGUGCGCGCCACCGACCGGGACCUGGGGCCCAAUGGCCAAGUGAGCUACCGCAUCCGCGCCCGGCAGCCGCCCGGGGCGAAUGGCGGCGGCGGGCCCCUGGGGGACGCGGCCUUCUUCACUGUGGAGGAGCUGAGCGGUGUGGUGAGGGUGCAGAGGCCGCUGGACCGCGAAGCGCAGGCCUGGCAUCAGCUGGUGGUCGAGGCCCGCGAUGGCGGAGCCGAGCCCGAGGUCGCCACAGUUCGAGUGUCCGUCGCUGUCCUCGACGUGAAUGACAACCGACCGGCCAUUCACCUGCUCUUCCUCACCGAGGGAGGCGCCCCGUGCGUUUCCGAGGGCGCCCGACUCGGCGACUAUGUGGCUCGCGUCUCGGUGUCAGACGCGGACGGUGAUCCAGAGAAGGAAGCAGGGGUUGCCGGUGAACUUGCUGUGGGCCCCGGAGGCGGGAGCAUCUCGCUGUCCUUGGAGGGCGGGGAGGGCGCCUUCACGCUGCGGUCUGGGGGUUCUCCAGGGAUUUUUUUCCUUUGCGUCGAGGGGCCCCUGGACAGGGAGAAUCGCGACCUGUAUGAUUUGCGACUGGUGGCCACCGAUGCCGGAUCCCCGCCGCUGAGCACGGAGGAAACGCUGCUGCUCCGGGUCGCCGACCUCAACGACCAGCCGCCUGUCUUCAGCCAGGAGCACUACCAGGCCUCAGUGUCUGAGGCUGCUGCCCCCGGCACCACAGCAGUGUGCGUCAGCGCCUCGGAUGCGGACGAGGCUGGCACGGACCACGCGCGGUUGCGCUACUCACUGGUCCACCUCCAGUCUCACUGCAGCCAGGAAGCUCCGUGGCCCACAAGAGAGUGCGGACCGUCCUUCACAAUCGAUCCUGAGAGCGGCGUGAUUAGCACCAUCCGGAGUCUGGACCGAGAGGUCCAGGAGGCGGUAGAGCUGAGCGUGGUAGUCCAAGACCUUGGAGAGCCCCCACUCUCUGCCACCUGCCUGGUAAGCAUCACCGUGGACGACGUGAAUGACAACGAGCCUAUCUUUCGGAGGCAGGUGUACAACGCCACUCUUGCGGAACAUGCCCCAGUUGGGCAUUGCUUUUUGCAGGUAAGAGCCUCUGAUGCAGACUCAGGACUCUAUGGCUUUAUUGAAUAUUCUCUUUAUGAUGGAUUCCAAAGCUAUGAAGCACCUCAAGCAUUCCAGAUCCACCCACACGAUGGGCAAAUCUGUGUUUCUCAAGAUAUUGACAGAGAGAGGGAUGCAGCCACCUACGAUCUCUUGGUGAAAGCUAAGGAUGGGGGUGGACUAAGUGCCCAAGCUUUUGUUCGUGUGGAACUGGAGGACAUGAACGAUAAUGAACCUGUGUUUAACCCAUCAACCUACGUGAUGAGCAUUAGUGGCCAGACCCAGCCAGGCACCGAGAUCGUCAAUGUUCUGGCCACUGACAGGGAUUCAGGGACAUAUGGAGCAGUGGCUUAUGAGCUGGUUCCCGGAGACCUGUCAUCCCUUUUUACCAUCGACUCCACCACAGGAAUUAUUUACUUAACAUCAACUCUUAGUCAUUUGGAUUCCACUACCCUUUCAUUGACGGUCUGUGCUCGAGAUGGUGGCGGGCUCACAUCUGUCAUUAAUGCUGACAUCACUAUACACAUUCUUCAGACAUCUCUGGCACCUGCUGAAUUUGAAAGGCUGAAGUACACCUUCUCAGUCUACGAAGAUGUGCCUGAAGACAGUCCUGUGGGAACAGUGAAAGCAAAAGAGUCCUUGAAUUCUUCAGAGCCAAUUUUUUAUAGAAUCUCCUCUGGUGAUAUGGAUGGAAAGUUCUCUAUUCACCAGUGGCUAGGCACCAUUCGAACCCGGAAGCCUCUGGAUCACGACACGCAGCCUGUGGUUGUGCUCACGGUGCAGGCGCAGCUCGGCAGCUCCCAGGCCUGCAGCAGCACAGAGGUCAACAUAACGGUAAUCGAUGUCAAUGACAACCAGCCCGUGUUCCCCAAGGCCGCUGAUGAGAUUAAAAUACCCCUGGCCACACCGCCGGGCACAGCCCUGUACCGUGCCCGCGCAGAAGACAGAGACAGUGGGCAGAAUGGCUUCAUCCGAUACACCAUUGCAAGCCAGAAUCCAAGCCGCUUUUCCAUGGACUCAGGGCUUGGUGUGGUGUACCUCAACGAGAGUCUGGGAGAGGACGCGCCCGCGAAGUGCACGCUGACGCUCGUGGCCCAGGACCUGGGCGUUCCUCCUAGAGCUUCCCUGCUGGUGCUGACUGUUGUCAUCGAAAGACAAGAGCAGAGCCCAUCCUUGUUCUUUGAAAAUUUGGUCUAUCAAGUGGAAGUGAGUGAGUCUCUCUCACUGAUGACCCAGGUACUGCAAAUACAGGCUUACGGGCUUGGCGCACAGCACGCAGCCUCGCAGCCUCAGUACUCGCUAGAACCCAGCGCGGACUCGGCCAUGUUCGGCCUCCACCCGUGCACAGGCUGGAUUUAUUUGCGGCGACAGCUUGACUAUGAAUCCGCGCGAACAUACAAUUUUAGAGUGUUUGCCUGGAUCCCGGAGGACAGAGUGUCACAAAAUGUGAGCACUUCAGUAAUUGUUCAUGUCCUGGAUGAGAAUGACAAUUCCCCUACCUUCCCGUAUGAUGUGUUGUUUUUGAAGGUCGAGGAAAGCCCCUUUCCCCAAGGGGUAAUAGGCAAAAUUACAGCAAUUGACAGAGACUCGGGAAAGAAUGGACAGCUGUCGUAUUUCCUUUUGUCUGAUGGAAAAUUCUUCAAGAUGAAUCCUAAUACAGGUGAAUUUAUCAGCUGGGCGGCCCUGGAUCACGAGCACCAGGCACAUCACCAGGUGACGGUCCUAGUGACAGACCGUGGCUCUCCCCCGCGAAACGCCACCAUGGUGGUUUAUGUCUCAGUUACUGACAUCAAUGACAACAGGCCAUAUUUCCCACAGUGUCCCAGUGGAAAGGAAUUACACAUCAAGGUUCUGGAAGGUCAACCAGUAAAUAUGUUGGUUACAACUGUAUUUGCAAAGGAUCUUGAUGAAGGAAAUAAUGCAGAAGUUACAUAUUCAGCAUCUUCAGAGGAUAGCUCUGACCACUUCAAGAUUGAUGCCAACAGUGGUGAAAUAAGAACAACCACAAUACUUUCGCAUGAUUAUAGACCUUCCUACACGGUGACUGUAAUUGCCAGUGACCAGGGAGUAUCUUCUCUACAAGAACGGGCAGUUAUUAAUAUUCAGGUGAUCCCACUACCCAAAGGGAGACCUGUCAUUUCUCAGAACAUUAGACAUUUAGUUAUACCAGAAAACUUGAAGCCUGCAAAAAUAAUGAGCUUGAUAAAGUCACCUGAUCACCUUCCACAUCAUCCUAAUGGAAAGUUACAUUUUAGUAUUGCUGCAGAUGAUAGGGACAGUCACUUUGCAAUCGACAGCUUGACAGGGGACGUGUUCCUUUCUAAGGAACUUGAUUAUGAAAUGACAUCUCACUAUCUCGUCAGGGUGGUGAUUAAAGACCCUAGCAAAACCCCUCCCCUGAAUAGCACAGUCUUCCUUAGUAUCGAUGUGGAGGAUCAGAACGACCAUUCCCCGUCCUUCCAAGAGCAGUUCGUUGUGAUAAGUGUGGAAGAGAAUGUCCCUAUAGGGACUCUGGUGCAUGUCUUCAAUGCCAAAGAUGGAGAUGGAAGUUUUUUGAACAGUAGAAUACAAUACUUCAUUGAAUCCCACCACCCUGGAACCAAUCCGUUUAUCAUCCACCCCUCCUUUGGCGCUUUAGUCACGGCGUCCCCCCUUGAUAGAGAAAGAGUUCCCUCCGUCGUCCUGACCGUAACUGCGUCCGACCAGGCUGCGAACGUGACGGACCGGCGACUGAGGUCGCUGACGGCGCAAGUAGUGAUUUUGGACGUGAACGACCACAGCCCCACUUUCAUGUCUUUUCCCAUCGCCCAUGUCAGAGAGGAUGCCAUGGCGGGCUCCUUGGUGCACCACAUAUCUGCUCAAGAUCCCGAUGAAGGAAGGAACGGAAGAGUAACAUACAGCAUCCUCUCGGGAGAUGAACACAGGGCCUUUAUGCUGGACGAGGCAUCAGGCUUACUAACGACGACUUGUCCCUUGGAUUAUGAAGUAAAAGCUCAGCACAUUCUGACCCUUCUGGCCCGGGAUGAUGGCAUACCAGCACUUUCUUCUUCCCAGACUUUGACAAUUACUGUUCUCGAUGUAAAUGAUGAGUCACCAGUAUUUAAGCAGCACCUGUAUGAAGCUUUAGUUAAAGAAAACCAAAAUCCAGGGGAGUUUGUCACAAGGGUUGAAGCUGUGGACAGAGAUUCAGGGAUCAAUUCCAAGUUUCAGUUUGAAAUCAUGCCAGGUGCUGCAUUUGGGUUGUUCAAGGUAAACCCUGACACUGGAGAGGUGGUGACAGCCGUCAGACUUGACAGAGAAGUUCAGGAAGUCUUCACCCUUCGAGUAUUAGCACGAGAUGGGGGAAUCCCUUCACUGUCAGGCACCACAACGAUUCUUUGUACUGUGGAAGAUGAAAAUGAUCACAUACCAGAGAUUAUUGUCCCCAGUCACCAUGUUGAAGUUCUGGAAAACCAAGAGCCACAGAUUGUCUAUACUGUUUUGGCCUCUGAUAUGGAUGCUGGCAAUAAUGGAGCUAUCAGGUAUCGUAUAAUUGAUGGAAAUACUGAUGAGUACUUUGCAAUUAAUGAAACAUCAGGAGAACUGUCAACCAUUCGUCCUUUGGACCGAGAGCAAGUCAAGAAUUUUACCCUUGUCAUCCUGUGCUCAGAUCUGGGGGACCCACCCAGGAGCUCAAUAGCACAGCUGCAAGUUAAGGUUUUGGAUGACAAUGACCACAGCCCUUCCUUUCCCACACUUUAUUACCAAUCCUCUGUGAGAGAAGAUGCUCAGGUGGGAACAGUGGUUCUUGUGCUGUCCGCAGUGGACAAGGAUGAAGGCCUGAAUGGGCAAACUGAGUAUUUCCUGACAGGGGAGUCUUCUGACAUGUUCACCAUUGACCCUGCGGCAGGCAUAUUGAGAACCAGCCGUGCCCUCGACCGAGAAGCCAGAUCACUGCACACGUUGAGGGCUGUAGCCAGAGACUGUAGCAUCUGGGGUUCAAGAAGCACCACAGUAAUUAUAAAAGUCCACGUCACUGAUGUUAAUGACAAUGAUCCAGUUUGGGAACAGAACCCCUCUGAAAUUUUUCUUUCCCCCCAGUCACCUAUAAACCAGACAGUGACCAUUCUGAGAGCCAGUGACCCAGACUUGGGGCCCAAUGGAACUGUCAUUUUUAGUUUUGCAGAGACCCAGUCAAUGUUUUCUAUUGAUAAAUAUACAGGAGAAAUUCAGCUUCAGCACAACCCAUCGUCAGAAUAUUUUCCAUUCUGGCUGCAGUUAAAAGUUAUGGACCAAGGGCUUCCGGCUAGGACAGCCACUGGUCUCUUGGUCAUUCAUAUGAAAGGAGAAGAUGUAAAGAUUUCCUUCAGCCACCAUCUGUAUGAAGGGUCUGUGAUGGAAAAUUGUGAUUCAGGUACUUCUAUUGUGACUGUAAAAGCUUUUGCUCCUGAUUCAAUUCAAGACAGCAUUAAGUAUUCAAUUUUUAAUGGAAAUGAAGAUGGAGUUUUUUCCCUGUCCUCCAACUCAGGAGAACUCACAGUGAAAGAACCCCAGUUUCUUGAUUCUGAAGUCAGAAAUGAAGUACGACUCAUUGUUUUGGCUGAAAGUAUGGGGUAUAGAGCCUACAGCAAAGUAGCUGUCUUGAUAGAAGACACGAAUGAUAAUUUACCACGCUUUGAGCAAAGUGUUUACCAUGUGUCAGUGUCUGAAGGCCGCUUCCACAAUGCUCACAUCAUACAGGUCUCUGCCGCAGACCCGGACCGUGGGUCGAGCGGCCUCGUCGAGUACUCCAUUCUCUCUGGCAACCAAGGACAAGUGUUCCAGAUCGACAGCCUGAGCGGUGCGGUAACAGCAAACGCGAUUAUGGAUCAUGAGCUCGCCAGCGCCUACAGCUUGAUUGUUCAAGCCACAGAUAAAGGGAUGCCCAGGCUUUCUGGAACAAGUGUGAUCAAGAUACAAGUGACUGAUAUAAAUGACAAUGCCCCAGCUUUUCUCCCCUCUGAAGCAGUGGAAAUUGCAGAAAAUUCUUUGCCUGGUGUCAUUGUGACUCAGGUAUCAGUUCAUGAUGUGGAUGUGAACCCAUCUUUCAUCUUCAAUUUCGUCAAAGAGAGUAAUCCUGGCUCCAAGUUUGCUAUUGAUCCAAACACAGGAGUAGUGGUGCUUGUGAAACCUUUGGAUUUUGAAGAAGCUACUGAAUAUAAGCUGCUCAUCCAAAUCUCUGAUAUGGUCCACCACACAGAGGGAACACUCAUCAUCCACGUGUUAGAUGUCAAUGAUAACCCACCAGUAUUUUCUCAAGAUUCUUACCAGGCUGCUGUUCCUGAAUUGGUACCUGUGGGGAGCUCUGUGCUGACUGUGGCAGCCACGGACCGAGAAAGCAAUGACAACAUUUCUUACAGAAUCCUUUCAUCUUCUAAGGAAUUUUCAAUUGAUCCUAUGAAUGGCACAAUAUUUACUAUCAACCCAAUAUUACUUCUGGAUGAAAAAUCAACAGUUCGAUUUCUUGUUGAAGCCAGCGAUGGUGGAAUUCCUGACCUGAAGGCUCUUACCUUAGUAGAAAUAGAAAUACAAGAUAUGAACAAUUAUGCCCCUGAAUUUGCAGUAGAAUCCUAUAAUCUUAGCUUGAGUGAAGAUGCACGAGUUGGAGGCACACUUGUCACAUUUUCAACCACUGACCAUGACUGGACCCGUGAAAACACACAUGCUGAAUAUUCCAUCAUCAGUGGUAAUGCACAGAACAAUUUCCACGUGGAAAUUAGUUUCAUUCCUUCACAGUAUCCUUAUAAGCAGAUUGGUUAUCUGGUGUUGCUUCACAGUCUGGACAGAGAAGCAGCUGCCAGUCACAAGCUUAUAAUUCUGGCCUCUGACCAUGGCUGCCCUCCACUGAGUACCACAGCCAUGAUAUCAAUAGAAGUGCUUGAUGUCAAUGAUAAUCCGCCUGAAUUCGACCAUCUGAAAUAUCACACCCACGUCAAGGAAAGUACCCCCCUCGGGAGUCACAUCGCUGUGGUCUCAGCAACCGACCGUGAUGUGGGUUCACAUGCAGAAAUCAUCUACCACAUAAUCUCUGGAAACGAGAAGGGACAUUUUCACUUAGAAGAAAACACUGGUGUGAUUUAUUUGAUUAAACCUCUGGAUUAUGAAGAAACUAUACAAUUCACUUUAACUGUCCAAGCUUCAGAUGAAGAAAGGAAACAUUUUUCUUUGGCACUUGUGCUUGUCAAUGUCCUAGAUGAUAAUGACCAUGCACCUCAGUUUAUCUUCUCAAGCUUGAAUUGUGUUGUUCCUGAAAAUUUGCCAAUUUUCUCCACCGUAUGUUCUGUAAAUGCUUUGGAUUUUGAUGCAGGUCCUUACAGAGAAUUGACCUAUUCUAUUUUAUCACCCUGUUCUGUCACUCCUGGGGUGCUUCAAGAUCAUGAUCUCUUCCUCAUUGACCCUUUAACAGGAGACAUUCGUGCUAAGCAAGUCCUUGACUAUGAAAAUGGCAGUAAAUACUGCCUCACAGUUCAGGCAAAAGACAAAGGUGACUCAAGUGCCUCCUUAAUGGUUUGGGUGGAUAUUGAGGGGAUAGAUGAGUUUGAACCCAUUUUCACUCAAGAUCAAUAUUUUUUCAACCUCCCAGAAAAGAUUAACCUAAGACAGUUGAUUGGCAGAGUGGAAGCAUCAGACGCAGACUCUGGUAUUGAUGGAGUUAUUCUUUACUCCCUUGAUACUCCAUCUCCUUUCUUUUUAGUAAAUAAGACCAAUGGAAAUAUUUACUUGGCUAGAGCCCUCCCCCUAGUAAAAAGUCAAGUCAGCAAAGAAGACACCAUUGAAAUGAAAAUAAUUGCUCACAGCCCCAAACCGGACUCAAAGUUUACAUCUUGCACUGUUUUUGUGAAUGUGUCGUUUUCCUCAGAAGGAAAGCACUCAGCAGUGUCAGGUAGCAACUUGUCAACCAGCCUCAUGGUCUCCUUUUUAGUGUUUCUGUUACUCAUUGUUGUUCUAGUUGUACUGAUUUUAAGAUAUAAACAAAAGGAUGCAAUAAACAACUAUGAAGAAAAGAAAACAUCUGCAUCCUUAGGCAUCAGUCUGCAACUGAACAGGGACACCAGCAUGCCUGAGCCUUUCCUGAAAACCAGCGAGCGCAGUAAUGAGGUGGUGCCCAUGGACUCCUUGCCUGAAUGGCUGAGUUUGAUCAAUAUCAUGGAGAAAGACAUUAUGAAUCUGUACAGGCACUCAAACUCCAGUGGCCACUGUUCUGUGGAAGGAGAAACCGCUGAAGAUAAGGAAAUCCAGAGGAUAAAUGAGCAUCCUUACAGGAAGGACUCUAGCUCCGCUCUGAGUGAUCGGGAAUCCAGGGUGCCAGACUCCGGCAUCCCAAGGGACUCAGACCAACUGUCCUGCCUGUCUGGAGAAACCGAUGUGGUGGUCACUGCCGAAAUAGCAGAAGCCAGCCAGACAUUUGAGGAAGGGGAUCGAGAAGAAGGCUAUGGCACAACCUAUGUUCAAAAUAGUGUGUUACCCCAGGCCCUGAAGAAGAGAGAGAUGAAAGAGGGCGUCCUGGCUGAAGUCAGAAAGGAGUCUGUCUUUAUUUCAAGUGAUCAGGAAGCAAGACGUGUAGCUCCUUCCACCCAGAGAACCUCUGAUGAGGACGUGAGUGGCGACUGUCACUGGGAUUAUGUCCUCAGCUGGGAACCCAGAUUCCAGCCUCUUGCCUCAGUAUUUAGUGAUAUUGCAAAACUAAAGGAUGAACAUUUACACAUGCCUAGCAUUCCAAAAGAGAAAAAAUCUUUUGUUUUUCCACCACCUUUGAUAACAGCUGUUGCCCAACCUGGGAUUAAAGCAGUGCCUCCAAGAAUGCCAGCCACAACCCCAGGCCAGCUGCUUCAGAAACACCCACACUUCCCCCUCCCCUACCGUGUCAGUUCUCUGCCAGAAGCCAUGACUCCCAGUUUUUCCCCAUCUCUUUCCCUACUGACCACCCAGACCCCUGCUGUGCCUCCACUGUUGGCAGAUGGAGAGUUAUUAGACACACAUCUAAGUGGUACAUGCCAUGAAUUCAAAGCAGAAGAUGAAGCUCAGAUAUAAAACGAUCGUGAUGUCAAGCCCCUGCUCACCACUGGUCACGAAUGACUGAGCAAAACAUUCUUGAGCAAGCUCCUGGAAAGUAGCUUCAUUUUAUCUAUGAGUAAGUGAUAUUAUUUAGUCAGGGUUUUUAGAACCUCCUCAUUUAAGUUUCUCAAAUUUCUUCCAGCCAGCCUGAAUGAGAAGUUACCCCCUCUUUUAACCUCUAUGUUUUGCUCUCAGGACUCAAGUUUGUAUAUAGUAAGUAGUGUAUAUUCUAUCAUACCUGGUUUUCUGUAUGAGUAGAUUUCCAAAGGACACAGUGAACUUGGCUGACCACCAAAAUGUUUCUAUGAAACUAAAUGGGAAUACAGGGCAGUCUCGUCACACUACUGCUGGUUACGCAGCUGUAGCUAAAACAAACUCGCACAGUCUGACUAAGGAGUGAGCACAGGACAGAAAACAACCGAGAGAAGAAUUUGGAAAGAUAAACUUAAGUUUUCAACUGAAGUGGUUUUCUAUAGAUUUGGUAUAUUUACAGAUGCAUUUCUCCACUUUUCCUAUAUGCCACACUUGUGGAAGUUAGCUGUAAGUUUAACUUCAUUGUGCCUUUUGGAAAUCUAAUGCGAAAUUAAAAAUGAAAUUUGUCAUAAUGCUGUGCAAAAUAAGAAAACAGUUCCUGAUUAAAUGAACCAGAAGUAUCUGUUCUUGACAAUGGACCAGGAUUUGAUGAAAGCAAUAAGUAAGGUUGGCUUCCACUUCCACCUCAGACGUGUUUCCUUGGCCUUCUUUACAAAUAGAAUGAUUUUUAUUUUCAAUGCUCUGUCUUGUAACAUGGUACGGGUACAGACAUUAAACUUUGAAGAUUUUAAUCUACAUUUAAAUUUGUAGAUAUUUCUUCAUUUUAUUUUCUUUUAGAUACAGCAAUUUUGGCAAGAAAUAAUUUAUCCACUCAGUGUCAGUUUUAAAAGAGAGUAUAGAUAAAAUUAUGUUAUUAGCUAAUAAUAAAUUUCAUAGAGUACCUUAGCCAUAUAUUUUUAAUGAAGAUUUUUUAUAUAAAUGUUUCCACUCUAAAAGUUAAGAGUGGAUGUCUGAAAUCCUUCUUCCAUUUGUUCACACAUUUAGCUUUAAUUGUCAUUAGAUGGAGCAGUUUGGCAACAUGGUUAAAAUAAUUGUUCAGCACAGCUACUGUUUCAGAAAUAAUAGUGGUGUCUGGUACUCACAUAUAAUGCUAUAUCCUUCUCUCUGAUGAACCUAAGAAUCCAUCAAAGAUUCUUGUCCCUUCCAGGAAAGCAGAGCACUUUCCUAUAAUGAUGGUCCAGCAGCUGUCCAUGGUUGGCAACAUGGCCAGGCUUGCAAAUAAGAGUUUAAGAUUUUAAUGGCAAUCUAGAGGGCAUCUGAUACGCUUUUCUUAGUAGUUGAUGUGGGCUUCUGCUAUAGAAAUAUUUCCUUUAUUUUUCUCAAUAGGCCUCAUCUGUAAAAUUAUGUGAGAUAGCUAAUUUUUCUUUACUGAGGAAUAUCACAGAAUGCCGUGCUUAAUGGCUAGUUUUGUAGAUAAAUAGUUCUAAGACUUCCUUUGCUGAUUUCAUCAUUUAUACAUAUCUUUGCUAACUCUUAAAUUGAGAACAAGUGUAAAAAACCACAUCAGAAAUUGUAUGAAACAUGAAAGGUUUUGGACAAGCCUGGAAUCCUAGGGAAAGUCAUUUAGGCAUGGAACACUUAAAUAUUAAAGAAUGAAUGCAUGUCUCUCCUUUUUCUUCAUGGCAUUGGGGAAGAAAAUUUCAUGGUUUUUCUAAAAAAAAAAUCACCAUUUAAUCAUUUCAGUGUUCCAGUAUUUAUUCCCUCUUUGACUUCCUUCAAAAGAUUACUUUGAGCAUAUGAAGAAAUUCUACACUGAUUUUUUUUCUAGUUAUAUAUGGAAGUUUUGUUUUGCAACAGGCUGGUUUCUAGGAACCAAGAACAUUUUGGUGUUUUUAAUUAAGCAGGUUCUUUAUUUCCUUAUGCUUAAAAAGAGUUAUCCAUCUAACUCUUCCCUAAGUUAUUUGUUUAUGAUUUAGUACUCAUUCUGGACAUGAUUCUGCAUUUUUUCUAGACAUUUAAUAAAAAAAGGAGACAUGAA